AUGGCAUCAACCUCUGAGACUGUUACCACAGCGGUCGUGCAACCGUCUCAAACCAAAGAUAUUGCAACUCGCCUGCUGAACGGCACUCUCCACGCCGACUAUCCGCCCAUUGAGCAGUUCAUGACCCUCGAUGGCCUGCUCAAGUCUCAUGCUGCUCAACCAGACGAAGCUCAAAGACCAUUGAUUUGCUAUCCUAUCCGUGGAGCGGCUGACUUCGAAGAGCAUACAGCUGGUGAUAUCGACCGCUAUACGGAUGCCGCGGUUCGCUACUACAUGGAGCAAGGACUCCCACCAGCGGACCCUGCUCUCGAUAAAGCACCUGUCAUUGCUCUGCUUGCUGGCUCCAGCUUCGAAGUCAUAUUGACUUUCUUCGCGCUCAAUCGCCUCGGCUAUGCUGUGCUCUUUUUGUCCACUCGUCUCACUGCUCCGGCCUACGCACGCCUGUUGGACAUGGCAGACUGCAAACAGCUCAUCAUUGCAGAGCAAUAUCAGCGUACAGUCACUGAUAUCUGUGUGGAGCGGCCCGGAUGCAGCAGUUUUUUGAUAUUGCAACGAGGAAACUGGUUUAAUCGCCCGGUCAGCUCACCUCGGUUCGAGCGCCCAAAUGUGGAUCCAGCACGAGAGGGCAAGAAGAUGGCUUGGAUUCUGCAUUCCUCUGGGAGUACAGGUUUUCCGAAACCAAUCUUCCUGACCAACCUGCAGUCCUUGGCCAAUUUCCGUAAGAGUUUCGGCUUCCGCCUAUUCAAUAUCAGUCCUCUAUUCCACUCUCACGGACUUAUGGAAAUUGGUCGAGCAUUCUAUACCCGAGCGACAGCGUAUCUGGGAAAUCACUCUCUCCCCGUCACAUACCAAAACCUCUAUGACGCCCUUCAAAUUGCACAACCUCAGCAGAUCAGCGCAGUGCCCUAUGUCAUCAAGCUUUUGGCAGAAAAGCCGGAAGGUAUCCAAGCGUUGGCCAAAGCCGAAAUUGUGUUGUAUGGGGGAUCCAGUUGUCCAGAUGAUCUUGGCGACCGUCUUGUUGCCCAGGGCGUCAAUCUGGUUGCGAACUACGGCGCAACUGAGACUGGGCAAAUCAUGACCUCUUUCCGCUCUCCAGGUGAUACCGAGUGGCAAUACAUGCGUCUGCAUCGCCCUGUUGCCGACCAUACCUUGAUGGAUGAAAUUUCGCCUGGAGUCUUCGAAUGUGUAGCGCUGGACAGUCUUCCGAGCAAAGGCCCUUCAAACUCAAAACCACCUUACAGUGCAAAGAAUCCAGAGAAUAGUUUCAGAACAGCCGAUCUGUUCACGCGACACCCAGACCCCCAAAAAAGCAAUUAUUACAAGUAUCUGAGUCGACUGGAUGAUCGAAUUACUCUUGUCAAUGGUGAGAAGGUGCUUCCUAUCCCCAUUGAAGGUCGCGUCAGAGAGGAACCACUCGUGCAGGAGUGUGUUGUAUUUGGCUUUCAGCGAACUGUUCCCGGGGCCCUGAUCUUCCGUGCUCCUGACAAGGCCCCGGAUAUGAGCGAUGAUGAUUUUUUGGAAGCUAUAUGGCCCGCCGUCGAGGCUGCAAAUUCUCGUGCCGAGACUUUUUCCCGCAUUCCCAAGGAACUGGUCGUGAUCAAAGGUGCCGAUGUUUUUUACCCUAGGACGGAUAAGGGAACUUGCAUUCGCGCUCAGGUCUAUCAGAUGUUUGAGGACGAUAUUAAAGCUGCCUACACCAGGUUCGAAGGGAACGGUCAGCGGAAGGGAACUCUUGCACUCGGUGUGCCGGAACUAGAAGAGUGGUUGUUGUCCAGAUUUCGUGACGACCUCGGUGUACCGCUGCCGAGUGUUCAGACCGAUAUCUUCUCGACUGGUGUCGACAGCCUGCAGACUACACAGAUAUGGAGAUACAUCGUGCGUGAUCUUGACCUUGGAGAGCAAGGGGACAAUGUGAGCCAGAACAUUGUCUUCGAGAAAGGAACCAUCAGCGCUCUUGCGAAGCAUUUGUAUCAGCUGCGCACCGGCGAAGAAUAUGAAGAGGAAGACGAAAAACAGAUCAUGCGGCAGAUGAUCGAGAAAUACUCCCACUUUACACAGCACUUUCCCACUACGACAAGAAAUCCAGAGAAGGAAGUCGUGCUUGUCACUGGCGCAACAGGCAACCUAGGGGCAUUUAUCGUCUCGGAAAUCCUCAAACGACCAUCAGUGUCCGAGGUCUGGGCCCUGGUUCGGGCACCAGGGCAGGCUGCAGGAGGUGCCCGUCUAAUGAACGCUCUAUCAGAUCGCAGCAUUGCUCUCACUGACGAUGAGGCCGUAAAGCUUCGUGCAAUCCCCAGCGACUUGUCUCAACCUAACCUGGGCUUGGACACCCAUGUCCUCGAACACCUUCUCUCAUCCCUGACGUGCGUCAUCCACAGUGCCUGGGCCGUCAACUUCAACCUGGGCGUGCGGUCCUUUGAGGAACAGCAUAUCCGCGGCACAUACAACCUCAUCAAUUUCUGUCUGCGCUCCAAACUACCCACUCCGGCACGGUUCUUCUUCUGCUCGAGCGUGAGCACUGCAAGCAACACUCCCAAGCCGGCUUCCAUUCCAGAGACCGCUAUCGAGAAUCUGGAGCAUGCACAGACUAUAGGCUAUGGGCGAUCGAAGCUGGUUACGGAGCAUAUCACCCGAAACGCUAUGCGGCAUACUGGUAUGCAUGCCCGGGUUCUGAGAAUCGGUCAGCUUGGUGGAGAUACAGUCACUGCGCAGUGGAAUGACACCGAAGCUGUAGCGCUCAUGUUCCGCAGUGCGUUGAGUACGGGUGCGCUGCCUGCAUUGGACGAGGAAACCAGCUGGCUACCUGUCGACGAAUGCGCCCGAACAGUUGCAGAAUUAGCUCUUAAUACCGGAGAGCCUUCAUCGGAUGUCGACCUGGUGUAUCAUCUGGUCAACCCACGAACAUUUAGCUGGAAGCACGACUUGCUCCCCGCUUUGAAGCAAGGUUCAGCCCUGCCAAGCUUUAAAAUUGUGCCCCCACAAGAAUGGCUACAGAAAUUGGCAGAUAGUGAACAGGAUCCAGAGAAGAACCCAAGCAUUAAACUACUUGAUUUCUGGCGAUCAAAGUAUGCGGGUUAUGGUCAGCCGCGGUCGGCUACCACCAUUACGGAACAGGGCCAACAAGAGAAAUUUCACGGUCUUACCUUCGAAACUCACCGGACAAUCAAAGAUUGCUCGUCGCUGGCCCUGGUCAAAGACCCCGUUACUGAGGGAUUGAUACUGAGAUACAUUGAAUCAUGGAUGAAACGGUGGACCAGCACAUAG